CGUUUUCUGCUGCGCACAGACAGCCGGUGCGGAGAGAGAGAGAGAGAGAGAGAGAGAGAGAGAGAGAGAGAGAGAGAGAGAGAGAGAGAGGGCUGUUAUUACUAGUGACAGAAAACGGCAGCGAGCACAUACAGUCUGGAUAGCAGCUGAUGCGACAAGAUGCUGAGCGUCGCCUUGCUGUGUGUGUGCGCCGUCGCCUUCGGACACGUCUCUGCUCGCUCCGACAGCGGCAAUUUUUUGGAUGAUAAGUGGCUCGCUGGGAGAUGGGAUAAAUUCAGAGAUGAAGUGGAGGAGCCUGGAACAUGGACUCCAUCCAAGCCCUUCGAUCAAGGCCUUGAUCCAGCCAAAGACCCCUGUCUUAAGAUCAAAUGCAGUCGCCACAAGGUGUGCGUGGCUGAGGAUUAUAAGACUGCUUCUUGUGUCAGCCAGAGGAGAGUUAGUUUUAAAGAUGCCAGUUUGUACCAGAGUCCGGGGUCAAAGUGCAAACCCUGCCCUGUGGUUCACCCCGCUCCAGUUUGUGGGACUGACGGCCACUCCUACUCCACCAAGUGUAAGUUAGACUACCAGGCAUGCAUCACAGGAAAGAAGAUCGCUGUGAAGUGUUCUGGCAUGUGUCCCUGCCCCUCUCAGCCUGAACAGAGCUCUGCAGAGAAGAAAGUGUGCAGCGAGUCGGACCUGAAGGAGGUGGUGAGUCGUCUGAGAGACUGGUUCAGAGUGCUGCAUGAGAACGGCAACCACAAGAGAGUCAAGAUCCCGAAGCCUGAGAAGAACAAGUUCGAGAUCGGGGCUUCACCUAUCUGUAAGGACCCCCUGGGCUGGAUGUUCUCCCGACUGGACACAAACUUUGACAUCCAGCUGGACCAAUCGGAGAUCAAGAGCCUCUAUCUGGACAGGAACGAGCCGUGCUCUGACGCAUUCUUCAAAUCCUGCGAUACGCACGCCGACAAAGUUAUAACCAGCUCUGAGUGGUGCACGUGCUUCCAGAGGUACACAGAUUCCCCUUGUAAAGCAGAGCUGUCCAGUAUCAACAAAAAGCAAGCAGGGAAGAAACUGCUUGGUCAGUACCUGCCAUCCUGCGAUGAGGAAGGUUACUACAGGUCUCACCAGUGUCACAGCAGCAGCGGCCAGUGCUGGUGUGUCGAUCGCUAUGGCAACGAAGUGGCCAGCUCACGCACCCAUGGCCCUGCAAACUGCGGCGUGAUUUUGGAGUCUUCUGGAGACCUCGGCAGCGGAGACUCGCUGUUCACCGAUGACGACGAAGACUCCUUCGUCCUCGACGAGCAGGCCGGAAUGGAUGACGAGGACGACGGAGAUGAGGAUUACGACGACGACAACGACGAAUAUCUGUCGUAAUUUCCCCCCAAAAAAAAGAAAAAGAAAAAAAAGAAAAAAGAGAAAACUGUUUGUUUGGUCAAACUGCACGUUUCUAGGUGACUCCCCAGGCAGAUACUUAAUCGUACUAACAGCCUAUGGACUACUCUCUGUGUAUUGUUUGUUCAUAAGUAAAGAAAAAAAAACAAUUCCUGGCAAACGUUUAUGAUUUCUCUUCCUCUCUAAGUAUAAAAUAUGGUUAUUGGCACUUGUUCACUUGUGUGUCAGCCAACCAGAGAACAUGACAAGGACUUUAUCGACAACCAAUCCAGUGCUUUGGAUUUGGUCACGUGUGCAAAGACCCCUCCCUUCAUUGGACAGUCCAUGUCUUCUAGUGUUGUCCUGUCCUUGUGCAGCACUCUGAUGCCUGAGUCUGUUGAUGCCUGAGGCGCAAUGUUAAAGAGAUUUACCCUUCUUCAUUCCUUCAUCCUCUUCCUCUACUCCCCCCACCCUUUACUCCUUAUCAAAUGUUCCUGUGUAUAGGUGGGAUGUUGAUGAUGUAGAUAAGAGAAUAUUGCACUCUUUAGGUUUCUUUUGAUCUUGAUUUGUAAUCGUGACUGUAACUGUGUGGAAAAACAAGAUAAGAGUUAGACAUGCUUCAUUAGGAGAAUUAAGGCAAAAAAAAACAACAAAAAAAAAACAGUGUGAGUUGGAUAACAAUCAGAACCGACAUGCUAGCUGUUUUCACAGAGACACAAAUCAAGUCAAAUCAUCUCAAAGGCUCAGCAACGAGGAAAGACGAAUUACUGCUUGGCCGGUGGUGUUAGGGGGGGGUAAAUAUUAUUAUCUAUUUUUCUAAUCCAUUGUUGGAUGAAUCCAGAACAUGAAACAGAUUUGUCGUGGCAUGUCUAAUACUGCGUGAUGUUGUUUCAGUCUGAAGCUAAACCUUUGUGGAACUCAAAACAUAAUAGAGCUUGAGGGGCUGAAAUUUCCCUCAAGCGUGUACAGAUGAAACUGCACUUGCAUAGUUAUGAACCGUUUGAGCCACAAGUCUGUGUGAUCAAAAAAAACAAAAAAAAACAAUGUUUACUGACCUUUAAUACAGUCAGUGAGCUCAGAGAUAACCUCAUUACGGCUCAGAAGUGGAGUUGAUGUUUUAAAUUUUACGUGUUUUGAGCACACGGUAAUAAAACCACAGAGCCAUGCAGUCUGGCGGGGGAUAAAGGGGUGAGGUGUGCCUUUUUCCGGUAAGGACAGAUGGUGGUGAUAGUGUGAGAAGAAGCAUGCUUACUGGGCUGACUUAAGCUCGUCAUUACACCGCAUAAGAGUGGCUUUACUGUCAAGCUCGGAUACUACUUGGGUUUUGGUAUGGCUUGUGUUUUGGGUCUCUCUUACGGUGGUGUUACAUAGGCCAUAAUCCAGAUCUUUUGGUUUGUUACAUAGGAUAGCUAGAAUGUAGAGAAGCACAGAUAUACUUAACAGUUAAGGCAUAAAAAAACACUUAGAUUCUGCUGGAUUUGAAGAUGUUUUAUAUAUUAGUACACUGGCUAGAGGAAGCUUUGGUUUAGACGGCUUUAUAUGAAAAAAAAAAAAGAUGAUCAUCUUACAGUGUUUUGCUUUUACUUUGUUUAAAAGGCUUGAUUUGUACCUGAUCUGCUCUAACUACUUAUCGUGUAUAUCUGUCAGGGUUGAAAACUGAUCCCAGAUUUGUGUAUUCUUGACGAGUCCUGUGACUGUUUAUGCAGACCUGGGAUUAGCUGAGCUCCUAUGUUAAUUUUCAAUUAUUAAUCUGCCUUCGGGCUUCAUUUUCAAUCUGUUGAAAUUCCAUGUUAAGACCUGAAAAGUGCCAUCUAACUGUCCGAUAGGUGUUUUUUUGUUUAAUUUUUUUGCUCCCUUCAUUCCUUUUAACGUGGAAUUUCAAUUCACUUUAAGAACUGGAGACCAUGCCAGUCUUAAAGUGUGCUGUUGUUUCAUGAGUGUGAUGACACGCAAAUCAUUUUGAUGACCUCAGACACUGUAGCCACUCUCAACCAAUCACACACUGUCAUCACAGCUCUGAUGGUGUUUCAAGGUUAUGAUAACAGAUGCAUUUUUUACAGUGUAUGUAUGAUUUGCUGAAAUAAAAGCUAUAUUGACCAAUG